UGGAAUCUCAGCAUGCUAUUUAAAGAACAGAGCCCACAGACGGCAUUAUAGCCCUGAUGAAGGCUGGACAUUUCAGGUCGAAACGUGUUUGCGUUAUACUGUAAGAUUGUGCAGUGUAUAGAUUCUCUGUCACUCUUAAUUUUAUAUUGCAUUUUUAUUAUCAUUUUCCUGGACUUUUUGGUUCUUUCCAUAUCUCCCCGUGGAAUCCUUUAGCCUGCAAUAGGCACCCUGAGCCGCUAUAUACAGAGCCUGGGGCGGCUCUGCAAAGUCGAUGGCGAUGGCAUCUGCAGAACAGAAAGACGAGAAAAGCUGCUCUAUCUGCCAAAACAUUUAUACUGAUUCGCUAAACCUGACGUGUAAACAUUUUGUCUGCUUGGUCUGCAUUGGGAACGUGCUGGACACACAGGACGGAUUUGGGGGCUAUGAGUGCCCGGUGUGCAGGGCAGAGUUUCAGAAUCAUCCUGUCCCAUCGAAGAAGAGGAAAAUAUGUAACAUCGUAGAGAGUUUGUUAGGUACACAGCCGGAGCAGAAUGAGACUGUUAUAUUAUGUAAUUACUGUAUGAAAUCUCAGGUACCUGCUGCUAAAACAUGUCUGCUAUGUGAAGCUUCUCUGUGUGAGGACCACCUUGAGGUCCACAGCAAGUCAGUAGAACACAUCUUAACGGAACCUACCACUUCUUUUGAGAACAGAAAAUGCUCCAUUCAUAAGGAAAUCUUGAAAUAUUACUGCUUGGAAGAUGCUGUUUGCGUCUGUGUAUCCUGUAGGCUGGACGGAGAUCACAAGGGACAUCAGGUGGAAUCUCUGAAUGAGGCGUCCGAAAAGAAGAAGGAAAACCUGAGAAGAAUUCUGCAGACACUAACCUCAAAGAGAACUGAACUUGAGAAAAGAGUCCAGGGCCUGCAGACGGGCAAGAAAGUUGUGGAGAAAAAAUCAGUUGGUGUGCUGCGGCAAGCCAUUUUCCUAAUUAGCUACAUCAAAACACAUGUGAAAGAAAUAGAGAAACAAGUUGUGAGUGAGCUCACUAAGCAGAAAAAACAGAUUUCACUCCCAUACUCCGUUCUGAUCCACCAACUGGAUAUAAGGUCAAAUAAUCUGUCCAAAAAGAUAACUCACAUUGAGGAGCUGUGUAACAUGAUGGAUCCAUUAACUGUCUUACAAGGACAGGAAUCAGACUUUGCUGACUAUUGUGAUGCUCAGGAGGGAAACAGCAAGGGUAUAGACAGAAAUGAUAAAGAGGUCCACGUUACAGAGGAUAUGGAUAUGGGUGUGAUCUCCGUGAUGGUACACACAAGAUUAGCUGAACUUGUGAUGGGUGUAAAACAAAAUAUCCAAAUGGAUGUCUCGGAAGUACUAUUGGAUGUAAACACAGCUGGUAAUCAUAUAACUGUGUCAAGUGACUUGAAGACCGUAUCUUGGUCAGAAGUAAAUCAAAGUCACCAAGAAUCACUAAAAAGAUUCCAAAAUAACCAGAUUUUAAGCAUCACACGAUAUUCUUCUGGACAACAUUAUUGCCAAGUGGAGACCAGUGAAACAAACGGAUGGAAAAUUGGGAUGGCCUAUCCCAGUAUAGACCGGAGAGGAGAUCAGUCAAAAAUUGGAUACAAUAAGAAAUCCUGGAGUUUGGGCAUUUGGAAUAACCGGUAUUCUGUCAUUCAUAAUGGAAAAGUAGAACGGUUAUGUCAUGGUCCUUCCUGCCAACGGUUAGGGAUCUAUCUGCACUAUAAAGCUGGGUGCCUGUCCUUUUAUGAGCUCUGCAAUCCAAUUAAGCAUUUAUACACCUUUACUACCACUUUCACCGAACCUCUUCAUGUUGCUUUUUGGUUAUGGAAAAAUACAUGGCUGAGAAGCAAGAAUUAGGAGAGAGAGUGUUGCGUUUAUUUUUAUUUUUAUUACUUAAUUGACCUGAGGUUCAUGGUUAAUCAAAAAAUUUAAAACUAGUAUAUGUAUUUGUCAAUAAAUUAUGAACUAGUCAAUACAGAGGUUGUAAUUUGCCACCUUCAGAGUAUGGAUCAGGGGCUGACAAGGCUGGCAAAGCAACAUGGGCGUUGUAAUACCUUUUUGUCAAACUUGGUCUGGACUCUUUAGGUUUUAGCAAAAACUAAAAAGAUUCUUCUAAGAUGUUAAAAAUAUUCGAAAGCAUUAAAAGUUAUUUAAAACAGUUAAAGAGACACUAUAGUCACCAUAACAACUACAGCUUAAUGUAGUUGUUCUGGUGUCUACUGCCUUUCCUUGCAUGCCUUUUAAUGUAAACACUGGAGGGGCUUCCUGGGUCAGUGCUGCACAAUGUGCAGUACUGACAUUCAACAUCUACACGCCCUGCAUGGAGGUGCUGAACAUUCCUCAUAGAGAUGCAUUGAUUCGAUGCACCUCUAUGAGGAGAUGUUGACUG